CCCUGCCCGCCCGAGGAGCAUGCGGCCCCCGCACAGCAUCCCGAAGAGGAUCCGACCCAGCCGCGACCGCAAGUGCCCGCCUCGCUGCUGAAGGCACCAGGGCAGCAGGGGAACUAUACUUGGGUAUGAGGCACUGUGAAAAAGAGCAACACACCCCGAACUCUCACCUGGCACUUUUCACUGUUUACUAUGGAGAAUAAAGAGGAGAAGAAGGAGCGGAGACAAGGCUAUUUUGCCCGAUUGAAAAAGAAAAGGCAAGCCAAACAAAAUGCUGAGACAGCUGCUGCUAACUCUCAUGGGACCACUGCUUCCAGAAUUCAAGUUGGAAAGGAUGAUGGCAGUAAAGUCGUUUUGGAGCAAAUCAGUUCUGAAGACAACUGCAAAUUUGCUGAGGCGAAAGAGGAGUGUGUCACUGAAGAAGAGAAGAAAAAGAAAAAAUAUAAUCAACUAAAAGAUAUUAGGCGUACGGAACUGAAAAGAUACUAUGAUACUGGCGAAUGUUGCAACAUUUGCCCGCCUCCCGCUGACCAAAGAGCUGCAUGGAAAUUUCUCCACGAAUGGAGCAGUGUGGAAAGCGAUGAGACCUUGUCUUCGGGGUACAAUUCGGCAAAUGGAGACAGCUGCGAGUCCUUACCUGAGGUGGUGGCCUGGGAGCCCAGCAGCUUAAAACCCCAGAACAACCUGCUCGAGGUUAUGCACAGUUUUUCUGUUCACAAGCAUUUCUCCUGGUGUAUUGACUACAGACAGCCUUACUACCUGUUGCUAGAUGACAAUCACAACAAAACCAAUGAAAAGAAAGAAAAGAAAAUGGUCACUCAGAAACCCCUUGGAACUAUAGAAUAUACUGCUGGAAGUCAGGACACCCUAAACAGCAUAGCACUGAAAUUUAACAUCACUCCAAACAAACUUGUGGAACUAAAUAAGCUGUUCACACACACAAUUGUUCCAGGACAGGUUCUCUACGUCCCAGAUACAGACCACUAUUCCAAUGCUGCUAAGCUAGCUUCUUCCAGUCCUGGUGCUCCUGUUUCUCCUUCAUCAUCAGAUGCUGAAUAUGAUAAACUUCCUGAUGCUGACUUGGCAAGAAAGGCCUGCAAACCAAUUGAGAGGGUCUUGUCAUCCACCUCAGAGGAAGAUGAACCAGUAGUUGUUAAAUUUUUAAAAAUGAACUGCCGUUAUUUCACAGAUGGUAAGGGUGUAGUUGGGGGGGUCAUGAUAGUGACUCCAAACAACAUCAUGUUUGACCCACACAAGUCGGAUCCACUGGUAAUUGAGAAUGGCUGUGAAGAGUAUGGGCUCAUCUGCCCUAUGGAGGAAGUUGUCUCGAUAGCCCUCUACAACGAUAUCUCUCACAUGAAGAUUAAAGAUGCCCUGCCAUCUGACAUUCCAAAGGAUCUUUGUCCUUUGUACAGGCCAGGAGAGUGGGAAGACCUUUCCUCUGAGAAAGAUAUCAAUCCUUUCAGCAAAUUCAAGUCCCUGAGCAAGGAGAAGAGGCAGCAAAAUGGGGAUGAUUCCAAAUCAAUAAAGCCUUUGGAUAAGAAGUCAGCAGAUCUUGAACUACUUAAGCCUUCUGACAGUGCUAAGUCAUUGGAACCUCCCAGUGACAUGGCCUCCACCAAACCAUCAGAAAGGUCCAGUGUACUGAGACAUACUAAGGAGCCUUCUGGGAAAAAAGCUGCUUUAGAUUCCAAAAUCAAAGAACAUUCCCUUAUGGACAGAGAAGAUGACGACUUCAUUGAACUGCGAGAGACUUUAUCUUAUACAAAUAUCAAAUUAGACAGAAAAGAUGCAGUAACAGAAGGGGUUUCUUUUGACCCCAAGGGGCUGGGAAAAGACAGGUCACAGGUAACCAAAUCUGUUUCAGAAGUUCAGGACUUACUGGCAUUUGAUUCCUUGGGCACAAAGAAUGAUGUUGAACCCAAAGCUGAUCUAGACUUAGAAUCGUGUGAGAAGCAAGAUGUCAUGCCAGAAGUAAACAAGUGUGCCAGUUCCCCUACAGAUAAAGUGGAGACUACACUGGACACUCAAAAAGAGCUAGAUAAAAAUAAACUUAUUGAAUUUUACCUCAGUAAAGAUAAAGAUGGGCCACAGUCUUCUGAAAACCUAAGUAAGGCUGGAAUUGGUGAUGGUGAAGAAAACAAAGUGGCAGGUGUAGACCUCACACUUAACUGUUCAGAGUCCCAAGUUAACAAACUUCUUACAGUUAAAAGUGGUGAACCCAAUUCAAGCUGCAUUGAAAGUAAAGAGCCUUCACUGGAAGUCAGCCUGGCUGCAGUAGAGGAAAAGGAUCUUAAAGAAUCUGUGAAAUCUUCAUCGGUACCAUCUCUGGACAAAGUGUGUCAAAAAACACAAUUGGACAAUAAUUCAGAAAUCAGACUAUGGCUGUUACAGAGAAUUCAAGUACCAAUUGAAGAUAUGCUUCCUUCAAAAGAGGAGAAAAGCAAGACCCCUCCAAUGUUCUUAUGUAUCAAAGUAGGCAAGCCCAUGAGAAAGUCCUUUGUUACUCAAAGCACCACCAUGGCGCAGCAGUAUGGGAAAAGGAGAAAGCAGCCGGAGUACUGGUUUGCUGUUCCUCGGGAAAGAGUGGAUCAUCUGUAUACAUUUUUUGUUCAGUGGUCACCAGAAGUGUAUGGGAAAGAUGCCAAAGAGCAAGGUUUCGUAGUGGUGGAAAAGGAGGAGCUUGAUAUGAUAGACAACUUUUUCAGUGAGCCAUCAACUAAGAGCUGGGAGAUUAUUACUGUAGAAGAGGCAAAACGUCGAAAGAGCAUUUGCAGUUACUGUGAGGAAGAAGAUGACUCUUUGCCUGUCCUAAAGCACCACAGUGCGCUUCUAGAGAAUAUGCACAUAGAACAGCUUGCCCGCUGUUUGCCAGCAAGAGUGCAGGGAUAUCCAUGGCGGCUUGCAUAUAGCACAUUGGAACAUGGAACCAGUCUGAAAACUCUGUAUAGGAAAUCAGCGUCUCUUGACUGUCCAGUCCUCCUUGUCAUCAAAGAUAUGGACAACCAGAUAUUUGGAGCAUAUGCAACACACCCUUUCAGAUUUAGUGACCACUAUUAUGGCACGGGCGAAACUUUCCUCUACACGUUUAGUCCAAACUUCAAGGUUUUUAAGUGGUCUGGAGAAAACACCUACUUUAUCAAUGGAGAUAUCAGCUCUCUAGAACUUGGAGGUGGUGGUGGUCGAUUUGGUUUAUGGCUAGAUUCUGAUCUGUAUCAUGGGAGAAGCAACUCCUGCAGCACCUUCAAUAAUGACAUCCUAUCCAAGAAAGAAGAUUUCAUAAUACAAGAUGUGGAAGUAUGGACAUUUGAGUGAAAAACAGACUGCCUAAUUGACUGGGUUAAUUGAGGAUACUGAAAGUUAAAUCUCCAGCACAGGCUGCCUCACAAUAUAACACUUUCUUUCUGGUAACAUGCAGAGCAUGAAUACACAUUGAAAUGUUCUGAAGCCCAAUUUUAAGAGGCAAAAAUGGAGAAAACAAUAAGCAGACCAG